AUGGCAAGCUUGUUCAAUCAUUCGUUUUACAAAUGGAAUAAAAUAGCUUUGAUGAUCAUUGGCACUUGGCCGGAACAACCGUUCCUUGUGAGGUGUCUCAUACCGUGUUUCAUAUGUGCCAAUGUGUUGAGUAUGAUUCUACCUGAGUUCGUUUACGUGUCGAAUGCGUGGCCAAAUCUGGACGUUUUUUUGGAGUUGUUGGCACCUCUCUGCAUUUUGUUACAAGCAACAGUGCAUUUAUUGAACUGCAGCUUCCAACAGGGAAAGCUGAAUGCAAUACUCGAUCACAUAUCUUCAGACUGGAAGCGUUUUGGGAAUUCAGGUGACGGGGAAGUCCUCCGCAAUUAUGCUGAUCACGGAUCCUGGAUCACGAAAACAUAUUACGGUUGGAUGUACUCCGCGUGUACCUGCUACCUCAUAAUGCCUUUUUUGAUGCCGAUGGUUGUAGAAUAUUUCGUACCUUCGAAUACCUCAACUGGAAACAUUUACCUUUUCAACGCUUAUUAUGGUGUAAACUCUGAUGACUAUUACUGGUUCAUACUUGGCCACAUGGUUUGGGAGUCAUGGAUGGCGAUAAUAGUGAUGAUAUCGAACGAUGCUCUGCUCUUUGUGUUCGUCGAGCAUUCCUGUGCUCUCUUCAAAAUAGUCGAAGUAAAUCUAAAAAAAGUCUGCAGUCUCGACAGUGACACGAAGGAUUCUGAAAAAGGCUGUAACUACGAGAUCAUUUGUCGCAGCAUCGAUCUCCAUGGGGAAGCAAUAAUCUUCACUAGCCUCAUCGAUUCUGCUUAUAAUGUGUGUUUGCUAGUAAUAUUAGGAUCAUCUCUGCUGAUGUUGAGCGUGACCCAGCUGCAAAUUCUGAUGCACCUCAACGAGCCUGGGGAACUUAUCAGAUUCGUAAGUUUCGCAGUCGCUCAAAUAUUUCGUCUGUAUUUGCUCAGCGUACCUGGUCAAAAAAUAAUGGAUCACAGUACAUCGAUUUUCGAUUAUGCAUACUCGGUUAACUGGCACGAUUUGACACCGAAACUUCAAAAGUUGUUCAUCUUGAUAAUGAUCAGAAGUCUGAGACCGUGUCACAUAACCGCCGGCAAAAUCUACUUUAUCACGAUGGAAAAUUACAGUGCGAUACUGCGGACGUCCAUGUCAUUCUUUACCGUCCUGUCGUCGUUACGUUGAAAUUAUAAAUCGAUGAAAAAAAAGGUUUUAUUCAUUUAUGGCAACGGAAUGGAUAUGCUCAUGUCUCAAAAGUUGAGUUCUAUGUAUAAAUACACUCUGAUAAUUGCGUUACAAUGUUGCUAUCAAUUAACCAAAUUACCCACUAG